CCAGUCUCCAGUAACUCACCUCGGCCCAGUGACCCAUCAGAUGGAAGAUGCUUUAAGUGUAAUGAACUGGGACAUAUCAAGGCCAACUGUCCCAAGAACACCAUGCGAGUGCAAUUCAUUACACCACCAUCACACCAAAGAUUCCCAGGCCCGGAUGCCUCUCAAAUACCCUUGGAGCGAAGGGAAAAUUUGAGAGUGGGCGGAAAGAAGGUUACCGCGUGGAGAGACACGGGGGCACAAGUGUCAGCUAUCCACCAAUCCUUCGUCGACCCCAAAUUCAUCAACCCAGAGGCCCAAGUGACAAUUUACCCCUUCAUGUCACAAGCUGUAGACUUGCCUACAGCUAAACUGCCUGUCCAGUACAAAGGCUGGUCAGGAAUGUGGACUUUUGCAGUCUAUGACAAUUAUUCCAUCCCCAUGCUACUGGGGGAAGAUUUGGCCAACCAGGUAAAGCGGGCCAAGAGAGUGGGAAUGGUUACACAUAGCCAAACCAGGCAAGCUUCCAGACCCAUUCCUGUUCCUGAGCCGUCCACAGGGGACCCGUCUGUGUUACAAGAGACCCAGACAGAGGUAUUGGACCCGGAUCCCAUGCCAACUACGGAAACAGCCACAGUGCUUCCCGUCCCAGACCAGGAACUGGAAAAGCAGCCAGCACCAGAACCGUUGCCAGCACUGAUGACAGUGCUUGCAAACCCAUCUUCAACCCCAACGCCAGAGGGCGCCAGCAAGCCUGAACUGACCAAAGCAGCAGACAACCACACCCAAGAGGCUCAGCCAGAGCCUGAAAUACCACCUGGUGCACCAGCGGAGAGCGGCUCACCAGCAACGGAAACAACCCCAUCACCUACAUCGCUUCCAGAGGGACCAAGCCCAAGUCCACAGUCUAAGGAAGAACUGGUGUCUCCAGCUUCAAGGAAACAGUUCCAGACUGAGCAGGAAGCAGAUGACAGCCUUUAGAAAGCUUGGGCGGCGGCACGGAGCACCCCACCGCCUCUCAGCUCUUCUAAUCAAUCCUGGUUUGUUGUAGAACAAGGACUCUUAUACAAGGAGACUCUUUCUGAUGGACACCAGGAAGACUGGCAUCGGCAAAAACAGUUGGUGGUUCCAGCUAAGUACCGGGAAAAGCUCUUAAGCUUAGCCCAUGAUCAUCCUAGUGGCCAUGCUGGGGUGAACAGAACCAAAGACCGGUUGGGGAAGUCCUUCCACUGGGAGGGGAUGGGCAAGAACGUUGCCAAGUAUGUCCAGUCUUGUGAGGUGUGCCAAAGAGUGGGAAAACCCCAAGACCAGGUCAAGGCCCCUCUCCAGCCACUCCCCAUAAUUGAGGU